AUGGGCAAUAGAAGAGAAGCUGACAAUGUUGUUACAUCCACUUUAACUGGUUUAAUUGAUGACAAUUUUAAUGAGAAUGAAGAAGAAAUGUCUAGCAGUGAUGUGUCUGGUAGUGAUGCAUCUGAAAGUGAUGUGUCUAAUAAGAUAAGAGUUAAUUUAGAUGGUUUAAACGUGGAUGGUAUAGAAAUAGGUGAACCAUGUGAUAGUGAUGAUUCUGAGAGGUUAGAUAAUGCACAUGAAUCUGACUCAAAUAGCCAAAAUUGGCCUGAGUUCAACCUAGAGAAUGACAUGAGUAAUCCUAGACUUAAGGCAUGCAAAGAUGGCUAUAGGGCUAGUUGUAGGAGGAUAGUAGGUUUAAAUGGAUGUUUCUUGAAGGGCUACUAUGGUGGCUACUUGCUUGCAGCUGUUGGGAUAGAUGCAAAUAAUGGCAUCUAUCAUCUUGCAUAUGCUGUUGUCGAAAGUGAAAACCAAGCAUCAUGGCUUUGGUUCUUGGAGUUGCUUGCAAUAGAAUUGGAAAUUGGACUUUUAAAAGCAAUAUGUAUGUUGUUUCCUAAUGCAGAAACAGGACACUGUGUUAGACACCUACAUGCCAAUUUCAAGAAGGUUGGUUUUCGAACAAAGGAAUUGAAAGAUUUGCUUUGGAAAGCUACCGGAGCAAGCACUACAAGAGAUUUUGAGGAUGCCAUGGAUGAACUGAAGAAAACCAAUCAGCAUGCUUAUGAUUGGUUGAAGGAAAAGAAUCUUACUCACUGGUCAAUGUCUCACUUCUCAAUUAAAAGCCAUUCUGACAUAUUGAUGAUACUGGAAGUAAGAGGGAAACCGAUUCUGACCAUGAUGGAAACAAUAAGGACCAAGAUUAUGUUACUUAUUGUCAAGAAGAAAGAAGAAGCUGACAAAUGGAAAGGAAUGUUGUGUCCAAAGAUAAUGAAAAAGCUAGAUGUAAAUAUAAAAGAUUCAUUAAGGUAA